AUGACUGCGACAGGGCGGUUCGACCCGCCUCUUGCGUCGAGGACGUACCUCCCUUCUUCCUCGCGUUCUUCCGCCGACGCCGACGAAGAGGGACUGGAGAAGCGCAUCUGGUUCACCUACCUCCCCUCGUCCUCGACCAACGCAGUUGAAGGGAGCGAAAAACGAGUCGCAGAAGUAUGGACCAACCUCCCUCUCUCCCCUUCCCCAAACUCCUCCUCAUCUGCAUCCGAGUUUUGGCACGCCCUCCCACUCGUCCCCUCCUCCUCCGCCUCAAACUUCUACAGCGCCUCGAUCCCCCUGCCGAAGGACAAAGGAGAAUGGGAGUUCACGUACCGCUUGGUCUCUUCGUCUGGAGACGUCGAGUGGCUCGGAUCCGCCGGAGGGAACGGACGGAUUGUUGUCGUUAGCUCGGACGUAAAGGCGGAGGCGGGAUGGGAGGGGCCUGAAGGGAAGGAGUGGACUUCUCCCCCCGUUCCUGGGACGGAGUGCGUCAAAGUUGGGAAGUUCUCCCGCGGCGCUGCGACGGAGAAGGAGGGAGAGUGGGACGUGGAGGUGAAGAGGGAGUGGGUCGGGUUGAGUGGGUUGGGGGAGAGGGAAGUGGACGGGUUGGUUGUGGAGCAGAGUAGCCGCACCUGGUUCGCCCCGCGCCCACUCCCACGCUCCUCCCCCUCUUCGAUCCUCUCGCACCUCUCCCCGACCUUCCCAGCCCAACUCCUCAUCCUCCGUUUACUCCCCUGCCCGACGGAUCCCUGGACGCGGUACACCGUCCUUCUGCCGUUCUCGACGCGUCAGACGAGCGCUGCGCUUGUUCGCAACGAGGGAGGGGAGAAGAUCUUGCUCAGGUGUCAACAAGAUGCGGAGGGAGCGAGCGAAGGACAUCUCGCGAUCGCAUGGGGCGAGGAAGGCGAGUUGCGCACGCUCAUCGAGCGUUGCGUCGCCGCCGCACGAGGCGUCCUCUCCCCCUCGUCCUCUCUCUCCUCCUCCGACCCAUCUUCUCGCCCUUACGCGCCAAAACCCCUCGGAGCGUGCACCUGGAACGCCCUUUCCCGUGGCGGAUCGGCCGACUACUCCGCCACCUCUCUCCUCUCCUGGCUCGACUCGCUCCGUUCCUCCCCGUCCUCCGCCUCACGAGCGAUCAAGACCGUGCUGCUGGACGACGGGUGGCAGGAUACGGAGACCUAUAUCGAUUUCAGCGUCGGAGCGGGAGAGGGGGACAGGGAGCAGGGCGAACGGAGGGCAUUGAAGAGUUUCCAGUGCUCGAUGGAGUGGUUCGACCUCGAGGAGGACUCCUCCUCUGCCGACGAAGAUGUGAAGGAGGGCAAGCGCACGAGCGUGAGCCUCGACUCGGGGUACGAGGGAAGUCCGGCGGCGGCGGGGAGGGGAGGGGAGUUGCCCCGCCAGCCGCGUGAGGGGGUCUGUGUUGAGCUCAGGGAGGUGAUGAGGAGAGUCAAGGAGAGGGGCGUGGAGAGGGUCGGGGUCUGGAUGACGCUUUGCGGCUAUUGGCACGGUCUCCACCCGGACCGCUCGCUCGCGGACGCCUACACCCUCCGGCGCUUCACCGUCCACUCCGCCGCCCAUCCUUCCUACAACGGCCACAUCUACCUUCCCGCGCAAUCCGACCUCCGCACCUUCUACGACGACUAUUUCUCAUCCCUCCGCGCUGCCGGCGUCGAUUUCGUCAAGGUUGACGACCAGGCGACGGUUGAUUGCCUCGUCGCGCAGGAGGUCGGCGAGGACGAGGAGGAAGGCGCGACGCCGGACGAAGUGGGCGAGUACCGCGUCGCAAUGCUCGAGGCGAUGCGUGCAGCAGCGAUCGACGCGUUUGGCGCAGACGGCAUCAUCCACUGCAUGGCCGGCUCGCCUCGUAUCUGGGGCGGCUCGCUCGGGAUCGUCGGCGCGACGGAUGAAGGAGCCAUCUCGACAGUCCGCAACAGCGAUGACUACUUCCCCGACGCGCCCGACUCGCACAGGUGGCACAUCGCCCUGAACGCCCUCACGACGCUCCUCUCGUCUGCGCUCCGCUUCGAGCCAGACUUUGACAUGGCGCAGUCGGCGCACGAGUUUGGCAAGGCUCACCUCGCGCUUAGAGCGUUCUCGUCGGCGCAGGUCUGGAUGUCGGACGAGCCUGGCGCGGACUUGAGCGGGUGGGAGUCGUUGCUCGCGGUGACGAAGCAGGGCGUGCGGGUGUUGCAGGCGCGCGAGGGAGGGGUUGGGACUGUGUUGCAAGGUAGGAUGGGCGACGAUGUUCUCGGACGGCUCGACGACGCCGAGACGGACGUGCUCAAGGUUGGCCUCCCUGUCGCGAGCGCGAAGGGCGCGCACAUCGGCGUCUGGAGUUGCCUUCCUGCCAAGCGCCUUGUCGACGGACGUUUGACGACCCUCGUCGACUCGAAGGACGUGGCCGACUCCCUCCACUCGGUUGCGGGAAGCGAGUCUGGCUCAUUCGUUCUCGUCAACCCUGCGACUCUCAACGCGACUCAGGUCGACUCCGCAGCCAUCGCCACUGCCUCGAAAUUCGCUCGCCGCUUCGCCAAGCCGCUCGCGUCGGUUGACGUCGCCCAGAACGAGGCCGGCGUCCUCACCGUUGCCGAGCUCUUCGACUUGCCCGCCGCCUCUUCCGAAAAGUCAGUCAAGAUUGCCUGCUUCGGCUUGCUCGACAAGACGGUCGGACUCGCGGCGAUCAAGUCCGUGGAGGUUAUCAGCGGGAAGUCGUCGACGACGAGCGGGAUUGGGAAGGUCGAGGAGACGAACGAUUCGAGCAACGGGUCCAGCGACACAUCCAGCUCCGAGGCACUCCUCUCAUCUACUGCCUCAUCGUCCACGACUCCGUCGUCAAGCUCGGGCUCGAACCAGACGCUCACCCGCCCGCUCUCGCCGACCGACCGUUCGUCGUUCCCUGUCCCACAAGGCCGCCUCCCCUUCCUCCUCGCCUACUUUGCCGGCUUCUUCCGCACGUCCAUUGUCCCAAGCUCGUCGACCGGCACUGCGGCGUCUCGCACGCCUCGCACCGAGAUCCACUCGCUUGCCCGCGACAUUCUCCGCCAGCCGGUCCGCACCGUGCUUUCCGAGAUCAAGGCCCUCGUGUCGUUCAGCAUUUUCACCGUCUUCUGGAUCGUUGGCUGGAGGUCGAACGGUAGCCAGCGGAUGAUCGAGGCAAGUCCCGCGCACGCGAACGCACCGGCUUCCGCGCCAGCUCCAUCGCCCUCGUCCGGCCUCUCGCACGAGCCCGAAACCCGUCUACGCAUCGAGCUCCACUACCUCAGCGACCGCCUCGCCUUCUACGUCUCCCCUGCGCCUCCCUCGCUCUCCUCGCUCCGCCUCUUCCUCGAUGGACGGCCCAUCGACGCUUCGGUUCUUCACGAGGUGUCGUCCGACGCAGGCAUCGUCGAGUUCCAGGUCGAGUCGGCGUGGAAGGGGUUGGAAUCGCAAGAGGGUGCGGGUAGUCGCGGGAUUGCGCAGGAUGCGGAGUCGGAAAAGCCAUGGGUCGUCGAGGUCGACUUUGCGGGCUAA